CUAACGAUCUACAACACAUCAAUUUAUAACACAGCACUGCUGGGCCAACUGUUGCAUUUUCAAUUUAUAAUAUUUUAGCAAUAAAUAAGACUGUGAGUGCGUAAUUUAACUGCGUGCACUAUCAAUACUAUGGCUGAGGCUGCCAAUGUACGCCAGAAUCUGCAAAAUGUUCCCUCGAUCUUUGAAAUAUCAGCGGCGGAAACAUUGGACAACCUUAUCUAUCCGGCACUGAGCAAAGUGUUUGAUUACUUUGGCCUGCGUUUGGACUUUAAGCUCUGGGGCAACAUACGAGUGCGUGAGGAGCUGUCGCCGGUUGUGACAUGGAUACUUCAGUAUUUAUAUCUGCGCAAGCGUGCCUCCUCAUUCGGCGAAAGCUUCUACGGACUGCAGCGCACUGCGAGUGCAACUGGCGAGCUGUUGACCCGCCGGAAGCAGUUCAGCUCAGCAACUCUGCUCACACUUCUGCCCUACAUUGAGCGGAAGCUGAGGACGCGGAGUGCACAGCACGAUGAUACAUAUGCCUGGGAGUCACAUCUGAUUAAGCUAUUCCAUAUAUACAACGCCUCCAAGGCCGUACACACAUUCCUAUACCUAAUAAAAUAUGCAUCCAGUCACUCGCCGCUGUUCCGUGCCCUGCACUUGACACUCCGUUAUCCCAGUGAGCCACCCAAGGAGGACAAGUGGACCUACAUCUUUCUGAAGAUGCUCGAGGUGUUGGCCUUCUUUCUGCAGUUUAUACAAUGGUGGUAUUCAAAUGACCAGCGACGCAAGGUUGGAGGCACUCUGCAGAAUCCCCAGCCCAUGCAGCAGCCUGAUCUGCUCCAAGAACUGAAGGAGAAUGCACCAAAGAAAGGCGAAUGUCCUGUCUGUCUGAUGCAAUUGCAAACGCCGACUGCUUGUGCCGUAUCCGGCUAUGUCUACUGCUGGAAAUGCAUUGUCACGCAUCUGAAGGAGCACGGCAAUUGUCCAGUCACCAACUAUCCCAUAACUAUAGAUGACCUG